AUGCUGGUGGACUUCAGUGCAGACGAAUGGUACGGCCUUAGCGCCGAGCAGAGGAGCCUGUACUGGGAAGUGACCCAGGAGAAUUACCAGAACGUGGCCUCCCUAGGGUAUCAGCUCCUCGAGCCCGACCUUCUCUUGAAGCUGGAAGAGGAGUUGUCCAGGAGGCUAGAGGAAGCCAGAGAAGCCAAGGAGUUACAAGGACACCAGCAUGUCCACUCCAAGGAGAAGUCCCCCGGAUGCGAUGACAACAGGCAGCCCCCCGGACCCAUGGAGACCCACAGCCAGAAGCCAAACCUCACAAGCCACCAGAAGACCUGUGCCGAGGAGAAGCCCCCCGGGGGUAGUGAUGCCGGGCAGCCCCUCGGGCCCUCGGGGCCCCACGAAGCACCCAGAGCCCACCCCACCCAGUCGCCCGGCCCCAAGACGUACUGCGUCCGGUACCUGGGGAGGGACCCCCGCACCUUCUGGGAGGGAGGCUGGCACUGCUGCGACUGUGGCAAAGGCUUUCAGCGGAAGUCCCACCUCUGCCAGCACUAUCGCACCCACGCUCAACAGAGGCCCUUCCAGUGCCAGCUGUGCGGGCGCUGCUUCAGCUGGCCCUCCUACCUCACGCAGCACUACCAGCUCCAUUCUCAGAAGACAGCCCUGCUGCCUCCCUGCCUCCGGGGCUCACGCUUUCCCCACAAGGGAGUGAGCCUGGAGUGCCUACGCUCCCACUGCCUUCCGGCCACUUCUAGCAGCUCUGACCUGCCCCACAGGCCUUCCGGACCUCCGCCUUGA